AUGGAUACACAAGAAGUUGAUAGAAAAGAAAUAUCUAUAUUGAGAGGGGAAGCAUUAACAUACUUUGGUCCAAAUGGAUUAGGAAAGGAAGUGCUGGAACACAUGGAGGAUGUCGCUAACUCACUCUUUUAUGACAAUCCCGAAGAUAUUAAUGCAUAUUUGAUUCAUGCCAGAUUUAUUAUCAGUGGCAAUGGGUUACCGGCUUUCGAAAUUGAUAUUUAUUGCAAAGUGAAAAACAUGAUUAAACAUGUAUCAACUCUUUCUUCUCCAAACUCCUAUAAUUUUGUUGCUGACACAGACAAGGCAUUACACAACACAGAACAAUCAAUUAUGAUCAUUAAUGAGGUGCUGUCCAAAAAGUUUUUCAACUGUUGUCCAUAUGAUCAGUUGGCAUUUGAUGAUGAAUUGAAGGAAAUAUUUUACAAACUUGAAGUAGAAUAUUUCGAUGCUAAAAAAACUGAAAAAGUCAUUCAACAAGAGGAAAAAGAUAACGAAGCGACAUCAGAUACAGAAAGUAUUACAAGUAAAAAGACUGGUGUCACAAAAAGUAAAAAAAAUGAUCCAAAGCAGACUACGACAAUGGUUAUCUUCAUCAUUUCUGGCAACUUCCUAGAUUAUUUUUCCAUGAAAAGAAAGAAAGGAAAUACAGGAAAAAAGAAAAGUGCAACAAAUGUAGAUCCUGUUGUCAAACCAAAAGAAAAAGAUACAUCUUUCUUGGAAACUAUUAUGCCUGGAUUGACGUGCAAGUCUGCUGUUUCUCAAUCAUUGUGCUAUGCAUCAUCGUUUCUACAGGAAGCUCCUUUGUUCAAAUACCUUUCUGAUUUUUAUAAUAUCGGGAUUACGUCACCUUUCACAAUACCUACACCUAUGAUAAGUGUAACAAGUUCUGGACUGUUAAGUUGUAUUAAAGAAGUUUUGAUCAUACCAUCACCUAAUAUGCCUCUACACAAAGAAAUAAAUACAAAAGUUGUUGGUAAGGAAUCGCGAGGGGCAGCUGCACAAACUGGAAAAGUGGUAGCAGGAGAAAAACUUGAAAGCACGCUAGAUAAUAUAAAAGAAAUAUUAACGAGAGCUGGUUACACACCAAAUGAAGACUUUUAUUUGGGACUGAAUUGCUCUGCUCAAGAUUACUUUCAAGAAAACAAAGAAGAGUGGACCAAACUUUGCGGUGAGUUAUCCAGCUGUACUUUCAUAUUUGGUCAGGAUGCAUUCAGUGUGCCUUCAAUAUUGAUUCACGAAACUCCUGACCCAUCAUUCUCUUCAUCGGGCAUCAUUUUGAAGUUCGAUGACUCAAGCACUGUUACUGAUUUGUGGAAAAGUGCCUUCAAGUUUAAAGAUUAUCACCAGUUGAUCUGCAUGAGUUCGAGCGAAGAAGAUUCGUGCAGUUCAUUUUGUGUUGAUAUGGCUGUAGCUUUGAGGGCAAUGUUCAUCAAAAUUGGAGUCAUUAACAAGCUAGAAAAAUCAAUAAAACUGCAAAGAUUAAUUCAGAUUCAUGAUGACCUGGAUAGACAAAGCAUAAUGAACAACGCACCAGGACAAUUCACUUUUCACCAAGUUGGAUCCAUUUAUAAAGAACAAGAAAGUCUCGAUCACGAUUCAGAAUCAGAGUUUAAAACUGAGAAAAAGCCUCAUAAAAAAUCUCCAAAUCGAUCCAACGCUAAAAUUUAA